AUGGCACUCAAGCUAAAAUUGAAGGUCAAACCUUCCCAAUCCCCAGAUAGAGAAGAGCCUUUAAAUGAUGAACCCAAGCAGGCUAGCUCGAGCAGACAACAUAAGUCAAGGAAUGAGUCAAGUGAUAGAGUCUCGAAACCCAAGCAUAAGAGAGAGAAGCUCAAGAAACUAAAAUUGAGUCUAGGAAGACUGGGGCUGCCUGAUAGUGCAACACCUUCCGCUUCUGCGCCUCCUCCAGAACCAAAACCCACGCUUAAGAAGAUUCCUAAAGUGAGAAUCAAGCCUACAAGAAUCCCUGGUGAAGGCUACGAUUCAGAGGCACCCGAUGUCGAAGAUGACCCUCUUAUAGAAGAGGGAAUAGCAAUCAGGUUCCUCAAUGAUUCAAAUCUCGAUUUUGUGCACAAUGCCGUUGAAACUGGCGAUCUUUCCAAUGUAAGUAUCAAAUGGAUCACCAGAGACAAGGCCGUCAUCAAAGUCAGCCUGACGUUAUACUCUGCAAGGCUAGUCGACUUGCCUACGCUAACAGAGAUCUAUAAAACUGUGGACAAAAAGAAUAUCUUCAAGACUAUUGAUAUCAGUCAAAUCCUUCUCGUGUUACAUCCGAUCACGCCGAAACAGCUAAAUAUGGACCAGGAUUUCGAAGUUCCUGAACCCGAGACUUACACACACCCUAUCUACGAUCUUUCAACGAACAAAGAGAUCCGGAGCACUAAGACAGUCUACCGUAAUGGUUUAGCAUAUGCUUACGAAGAUGCAUUUCGAAGAUUCAAGCCAAGGAAAGUCAAUCAUCGUAUAAUGCAAGAUAUAGAGCUGCGAGUCGACGAGCUUGUUAGAAGAGAUGCUGAAGCUCAGGAAAGUCACUACGAAUACGUUGAUCCGAAAGCUCAAACAAGAGUCACAGGCUCUCACAGUCGCUCGGCCACACCCACCCAUUCGGUGCCUUCCACUCCUUCGGCCCGUGUAUUCUCGCCUAGAGAAGCAGAUGAGUAUGAAACUGAACAGCAUGAACAACAAGCAGAUGUUGACCUGGAGGCUGACAUUGAUAACGCACUUGAACAAGAGUUGGCAGAAGCUCUUGAUUCUACAUCUAAUAAUACUGCUGCAACUGUUCUUAUGAAGUCUGAGUUUGAUAACGAGGAAGAAGCAAGCGACGAAGAGGCUGUUGCAGGCCAAGUGGGCGGAGAAGAAGAGGAUGAAGAAGACGAAGACGAGGAAGAGGAGGAAGACGAAGAAGAGGAAGAGGAAGAAGAUGCUGGUGAUGGUACACUGAAGGAAGACAAGAACAAGGUCAAGAAGCUUGAGGAGGAAAUCGGCGAAUUGGACAGAGCAGCAGAGAAACAGAAGAAGCUCUUAUCCACCGCUAGCUACAAGAUGAUGCGUAUGAAGUUCCAGUCAGCAUACAAUAACUUGAAGGCCCAGCUUGAUCAAAAGAAGCGUGAGUUGGCCAAAAUUAAGGAGCUACAUCAGAAGGCCCAACCACAGGAGCCAGAGCGCCAAGUUCCUGCUGAAGAAGAAGAAGAGGAUGAUGAUGACGAGGACGAUGACGAAGAAGAAGGUGAAGGCGACGAGGAUGAGACCAAGAGAAGCCAUCCUCUGUCUGAAGACAAACAAGCACCGGAAGAAAAGCCACCUAGCGAGGCAGAGGCACCUCAAGAGGAUGAUGACCAGGAUAUGGAUAACGAGGAUUACGGAGACCUUCAGGAUCUUUUUUAA